GACCUGCUACGUGUGACCGCUCCCUACACAAGCAACGACCACUCGGCAUAUACAUUCUAGGGUCAAAUGCAGGCCGCCCUUCGCGCACCGGUCACUGCGCCGGUAUCAACGAAAUGUCGUAGUGCGCCAAUCACUGUUCGAUGCCUAGGUACACAACUGCCCCGGCCAGCGGUGUCGGUGGCGGCCGGCGUGCAGUCGCGACAGGCUGUCGUGCCACGCCCACUGCAACAUGCCUCACAGCAGCAACACGCUCGUGGAGAAAGUGUUAUCGUAGCUUCUUCUGCUGCCAGCGUGCCGGCUGAGGCGCCGCAGUCGAACUGGAAGCUGCCGGUUUACAUCGUGCUCUGGUAUGCCUUUAACAUCAUCUUUAACAUCGUCAACAAGUCAACGCUCAACACGUUCCCGUGCCCCUGGUUCAUCGGGACAUGGCAGCUGGUCGCCAGCGGCCUGUUCAUGGCGUUCCUGUGGAUCACCCGCCUGCACCCCGUGCCCAAGGUGGACUCCAAGUUUUUCAUGGCGCUGAUGCCCGUGGCGCUGUUCCACACCGUGGGCCACAUCGCCGCAGUGGUCAGCUUCAGCCAGAUGGCGGUCAGCUUCACGCACAUCGUCAAGUCGGCUGAGCCGGUCUUCAGCGUGGCGCUCAGCGGGCCGCUGCUGGGCGUGGGCUACCCCUGGUACGUGUGGGCGUCGCUGCUGCCCAUCGUGGCGGGCUGCUCGCUGUCGGCCAUGAAGGAGGUGUCGUUCGCCUGGAGCGGCUUCAACAAUGCCAUGAUCAGCAACAUGGGUAUGGUGCUGCGUAACAUCUACUCCAAGAAGUCGCUCAACGACUACAAGCACAUUGACGGCAUCAACCUGUUCGGCCUCAUCUCCCUCGCCUCGCUCAUCUACUGCGUGCCCGCCUCGCUGUACUUUGAGAGCGGCAUCUGGAAGGGCAUGUGGGAGGCCAGUGUGGCCAAGACCGGCGAGUGGGGCACGGCGCAGCUGCUGCUGUGGGGUGGCUUCUUCUACCACCUGUACAACCAGCUGUCGUACAUGGUGCUGGACCAGGGCAUCAGCCCCGUCACCUUCAGCGUGGGCAACACCAUGAAGCGCGUGGCGGUGGUGGUGUCGUCCGUCAUGUUCUUCAAGAACCCCGUGUCCGGCUUGAACUGGAUCGGCUCCUUCAUCGCCAUCCUGGGCACCUACCUGUACAGCCUGGCCACGGACCGGUACGCGGACGAGAAGAAAAAGGCGGCGGCGGCAGCCAAGAAGGCGCAGUAAAGGAAGCGGGGCGGAUGGAGGGGAGGCAUGGAGGGGAGGAGCAGGAGCCGGACGGGGAUGGUGGUGAGGGGAUGAUGUUAAGGGGCUGGUGGAGGUGGAGGGAGCAUGUUGUUUGUAUACGAUGACCGAACACCCCGGGUUAUGGCUGUCAGGUACGUGCUCUUGAUGGCCGGCGCUUUGACGAAAGCACGGCAAGGGAAUAACAGCGCUGCGGCGUGCAGUCUCGCAGUUGGCACCCCUUAUGUUUGACAAGGUCGAGUUGGGUGUGUUGCGUGCCCUGGCUACAUGUAUAACGUACACAUAUUGUCUAGUAUGAAUCCGCUGUUUGGCGUGUUCAUCUUCUGCUAGGUUGUCAGACUUGAGGGCACGAGUGAGUACCAUAAGAUUACUGUCGGCGCAGCAACGAAAUGCACGGUCAAGGUUGGGCUCGCACCGUGUGACCGUGCCGCCGCAUAGGCGAGGCGCAGCGUUGAGGACGCCAUGGCUACUAAUCAAGGUCAAGCACGGGCUGAACUGAAGAUUGUGAUGAGGGUCUGAGAGUUGGCUGUCAGGACCACGAUGGGGUUGUCCGCCUGGCCUGUUGCGCGGGUGCAGGGGAAGGGUGUUGCACGAGCCUUGUCAGCCAGAUUCAGCGACGCUGCUGCUGGUAGCACAUCAGUUUCAUCGCCAUUGAAAGGGAACAAGCGGGGCUUGCCAAAGCGGCACUUGCUGGCGUUUGCCAUUGCCGAUGUCUCGUCUUCCUGUGACAGCCUCUCCUUAAAGCAGCGCCUUGAUACUUUAGGCAUAGCCAGGGUACUUUAGAAUGCCGAGCGCGAGCCAUUCAAGCCGUCGGCGAUCGGCUCAUCGCGAUGGACGGCCCAGGGCGUAGUGUCAGCUGAC